AUGCGUUUCUUCGCUGCCGCCACCUUCUUCCUCGCUGCCACGGCUGCUCCAGUGGACCAGAGUGAGACUUCAGCGUCCGGUCAGGUCGAGAAGCGUCUGGAUCCCAUCACCAUCUCCAUUAUUACCGGUGUUACCUCGGCCGCCGCCGGGUGGGCCACCACUGAGGGCCUGAAUACCCUCAAGGGCCUGAUCAAGGAUACCUCUUCCUGGGACAAGGUGCGCGAGCAGUUCACCCAAGACGCCGUGGCCCGGAUGGCUGCCAACUACAAGUCCGACCCGUCCUUCAAGGGCGCUGUGUGCUACAACCAGGGCUACAUGGUCAACGAUCCCGCCAAGAGGAGCGAUAUUGUCAGCCUUGAAGUGACCUCUGGCAAGCUCAAGACUGACUACGACUGCUUCUAUCUGAAGAGCGGUGGCGAGUUCAAGGGAAAUGGAGACGGUGGAUUCAUCAAUAUUGCCGCGGAUACCAACAACGGUGCUUGCGGCUACCUCGCCUCCAACCUACUAAUGACCUGCCAGUGA